UAAGCUUGUCAAGCUGUAGAGUUAAGGUUUUUCCAUUAACUGUAAAUUCCUUGGCAUUGCUUGAAAACUUACCAUGCCUUGGGCAAAGGGUGUCUUACUUUUCACAAUGGCUGUGAUGUCACUGUGUUCUUCUUUAUGGGCUGAUCCUGAGGCCUUUUUUGAAGCAGGUUCUGCUUAUGGAGCAGUCUCUGAAAAUACAAUCCGUUUUGGUAAAGUUUUAAUUGGUGGUCAAGGUUCAGUAUCUUAUAAUGUGAAAACAUCUGUGUUGAGGUCAGCGGAGUCUAAAGGGCACCAGGCAAAUGAAGAAGCUUGGUUUCAACCUGCUAAUGCUAAGCUGCGCCGUCUGGGUUCUUCUGUGCAAUGUAGCAAUGAUUCAAUGAUCUUGCGCAUUCCAGGACCGAGAAUGCCACACUUUCUGGUUGACCGAGGAGAGGAGUCACCAAUGCCUUUGUCUGAAAUGCCAGCUAGCUGUGGUUUCUCACUGAAGCGGGCACGCAGGGAUGUCUCUCUUGUUACUCCAUAUCGGGGCUGUCAUGUCAGACAAAAGGGUGGAAGUUAUAUUCUGCCGCUUAUUAUAAUGGGAUCUCCAGUGCAAGUGUCUUGCCCAGUGAGUCCUCCCCUCCCUACUGUGUCCUGCUUCUCCUCUGGCAUGAUUGUCAAACUUUGUGUCCGGGCAGAUGAUGUUAAAGUUAAAGUUGAUGGAUCAUGGGAGCCUCUGCUUCUAAAAUACACCCAAUGCUCGUUUACGUUGGAGACUACUGCUGGUUCACUGGUUGUCACUGCACCAUUCACAGGAAGCUGUUGGGAAAUGACGAAUACUGAAAGGCGACUCCCUUUGACGUACGGUGACCAGGAAGUGACUCUUUCCUGUCCUCUGACACUGCCAACCAUAGCCCCAACCAUAGCCCCAACCGUAGCCCCAACCACACCUGCUGUCCGUGACCCAACUGACAUGCAACAGAUGUUUGACCGUUUCCCUUUUGAAAGGCCCUGGUGGUAUCCAUAUUCUGGUGUACCUGCUACCCUGCCUCCCACUGUGCCACCUACUACAACUACACCUUUACAUUAUCCUUUCCAGCAACCCAUGUUCCCUCCCAAGUAUCCCAUGCCAAUAUUUGAUCCCUUUUACUCUAAAGGUGACCCAGCUGCUCCCCCAGCACCACAACAUCCCUGGUACCCAAACUUCCCUCCUUACAUGAGUGGCUUCCAAAGCCAAGUUGAAGUGACCACUCCUGCAACGACCACAACUACCCCUGCCCCAUACCAGCCUGAGCACCAGUAUCCAGGUUAUCCAAUGUACCCACCAUUUUAUGGUCAACGACCCAUCAAGUCUCUUGUGCCUCCAACUGUGAAAUACCCUUUCAUGCCCCAGUAUCCUAAGGAGCCAGUCUUUGGUCCCCGCAGCCCAAGAUCAGUGUAUUCUUCUGCACUGUGGUCUCGUAGGUAACCUUUUGAUUGAGGGAUGAGUGGACUCUACAGUGGCAUUGCUUUUAUUGACACCAGAAUGAGUUCAAUGACAUCAAUAGUUUCUUGGUGUAAGACUAAUAAAGCUUUGACUUGA